AUGCUCGUCCAGAGGAGUCAAGCACAUGGGUAUGCCCCAUUAUUCUUCAAAAGGGCAGUCUUUAAAGUUUCCAACGCAAAGUACAUCAAAGGAAAGCCAACAGCAAAGCCAACACUUGAGGCUGACCAGGAUAGAAAGCCAACACACUGGCCUUCAGGAUCUGGGAACUCCUGUCCGCAGAUCGGGGCGGAGCUCAACGUGGGCGGAGUCAAACGUUUGACUCCGCCCACGUUGAGCUCCGCCGAGCGGGAGCUAGGCAUUGAGGACUGUGCGUAUGACAGAGAAGGAGAAGAAGCAGAGGAGAAGAAGAGCGAAGUAGCUGGCAGAAUGGAGAGACACAUCAGCAUACUGAUCAAUGAAAUUCAUCAAGAGGAGGAGACCCAUCCAGAGGCCCCCGCGCCUCAUCCAGAGGCCCCCGCGCCUCAUCCAGAGGCCCCCGCGCCUCAUCCAGAGGCCCCGGAAAACAUGCUGCAAAUUAGGAGAUGGUGGUGUCUUGUCCUCCUACAGAACUUCCCCAUGCCGUCUAAGGAAACCAGAUUGCAGGAAAGAAAAAGACGGAGAAAGCAAAAAGGAAAACAGGAUCUGGAAGUGGUCCCUCCAAAAAGUAUUCGGCUUUCAGAAUCUGUCUCUGAAGCAUCAGCAAAGGCUGAGAGCUUGCCGGAAGUGGGAACUGGGAACGGAGAGGAUUCCCUGCUUAUGGACACCUUAACGGCAGCAAGGUGGUGUGGCACAAGAUCCUUCAAGGGAAAACUUUACCUUCCCCAGGUCAUCACCAUGAACAAGGAAGAUUCCUUGAGGGCAGUGGAAAUGCUGCGCAUGUGUGAUGGCCUGGAUGAAGAGUAUAAAGAAGACCUCAGUGAACCGUUCAUGUUCAUGUUUAGUUUGCAGGCAGACUAUGAGGAGUUCUGCAAGGAAAUGAUGGACAAAAGGCAGCUGCAGGUGUUUUCCGGCUUUGAAAUGAGAUAA